AAUCCAAAUCGUAGUUGGCGGAGUUGUGUGUGAAAAGAAAUACACGUGCAACGUUGAAACCACGUUGUUUACAGUGUGAAGCGAAAAGUUUGUUACCGACAGCAAAAUCUAUUCAAAGCUUCAAGCGCCUUCUGACACAAUAAUGGCAGACGAGGUGAACCCCAAAGCCUACCCGCUUGCGGACCCGGAGCUCACAACCAAGAUCCUGAAUGUUGUCCAGCAGGCCACCAACUACAAGCAGAUGAAGAAGGGCGCCAACGAAGCCACCAAGGCCCUGAACCGUGGCCUGGCCGAGAUCAUUGUGAUGGCAGCUGACGCAACCCCCUUGGAGAUCCUGCUGCACCUGCCGCUACUUUGCGAGGACAAGAAUGUGCCAUACGUCUUUGUGAGAUCAAAACAUGCCCUGGGCCGUGCGUGCGGUGUGUCGAGGCCAGUCAUUGCCUGCUCGGUGACAGUCAACGAGGGCUCCCAACUCAAACCCCAGAUCCAGGGGCUGCAGCAGGAGAUCGAGAAGCUCCUCGUCUGAACGCACGCCCGGGGCACCCUGUACCAUACGCGUCUUUGCCCAUCGCAUCCCUUCUUAUUUGCCAUCUCGUUAUUAAAGGACUCUCUCUGGUGUUGCCACA